AGAAUAAAAUAUCACAGUUUAUGAUAGAAGAUAAGAAAUAUUUUGUAAUCCUAAUAUUUAGAACAUUUCUAAAAAAUAUUUUUUUAAUUUAUUGUCUUGAAAUUAGGUAAUAUGUCUGUUUCGUAUGUAAAUUAUUCUUUUCUAUACCUGUUGUUACAUGUGAUGGCACUUAAGAAACAGAUGUUGAAAAUGAAUGUAAUUACAAAAAUUUUAAUAAUGAUAAUAUAGAUAAUUGCACUUAAUUUUAAAAAAAGAAAAAGAAGAAAGUAAAUAAAUAAAAAUGAUUAUAUAUACAGUUAUAUAAUCUACAAAUUAAUAUAACAAACAUUUUGAGGAUGUUCGCUCUUGUAAAACAUAUUUUUCGAAUGUUUAUUAUAAUUUUAUCCAUAAAUAAUAUAGAUAUGCAUAUUAAACUAAGUAAAAAAUUUUUCAGCCAUAGGUAUAUUUUUAUUAUUAGAAAAAUUGAAUUCUGAGUUGAAUAAAACUUUUGUUAUACAAGCUUGUAUUCAAUGAUAGAAUGUGUUUAUCGAAUACAUAAUAUAUAAAUGAAGGAAUGAAUAAUAAGCAUGAUAGCACUGUGUGACCAUCCCAGUUUAGUGCAUGCUUCUUCUUAAUACAGUCAGUAAUAUGACGAGAGGCAAGAUGCAGAGGUGUAGUUUUGUUAUGAUUUUAUGGAUUUUAUUUUCUUAUUAUUCUUUCUAGUUCCAUUUACUCUUGGCCAUUUUGGCUAUAGAAAACGAGAUCAACACAUGUGGGCGCAACACUUUAAGUUUUGUGCUGGAAAAUUGCAAUCUCCAAUAGCAUUAUCAUCAUCUAAAUCUAUCCCACUGUCUUUCCCUGCUUUGGAAAUGAUUGGAUUUCAUGAUUUGCUUCCAUUUCCUAUUACAUUAGAAAAUGAUGGCCACUCUGUUAAAUUAAAUAUUAAUCGUACUAUAUCAAGAAACCAAUUGCCAAUACCUUAUAUAUUUGGAGCUGUAUUAAAGAAAGGCCAAACAUAUGAAAUGGAAAGUUUACAUUUUCAUUGGGGUGCAAAAAAUAACAGAGGAUCUGAGCAUACGUUCAAUAAUGUUAGAUUCCCGAUGGAAAUGCAUAUAAUUCACAGAAAUGCAGCUUAUCCUAACUUGUCUUAUGCCUUGAAUUAUCAGGAUGGUAUUACUGUAUUAGGAAUAUUUUUUCAAUUACAGGAACAAGAUAACGAAAAUCUUAAUCCCAUAUUAAACAUCUUAAGUGAUAUAAAGUGGAUAAAUAAAAAAAAACAGAUGAACAAUUCAAUUGCUUUGUCUUCUUUAAUGCCGAAAGAUACAGAUACUUUUUACACUUAUAAAGGAUCGUUAACAUCACCACCGUGCAAUGAAGUAGUAACUUGGAUUAUUUUUUCAACGCCGGUAAAAAUCUCAUUUCGACAGAUGAACAGAUUUAGAAUACUAUCGAACGGAGAAGACACACUUGCAGAUAAUUAUCGACAAUUACAAGAUAUUGGAAUGAGAAAGGUAUUUGUUAGACGACUUGACCAACUUUCUGUAUUAAAAAACAAUAUGUCAAGUAUUGACUUUAUUGAUUCAAAUUUCUGGUUUUGGCAUUAAGCAAUAUUAUUAUUAUUAUUAUUAUUAUUAUUAUUAUUAUUAUUAUUAUUACUAUUAUUAUUACUAUUAUUAUUAUUAUUAUUAUUAUUAUUAUUAUUAUUAUUAUUAUUAUUAUUACUAUUACUAUUACUAUUAUUAUUAUCAUAAUGUAUGAAAAUUGUAACUAACUAUAAAUAUAAGUUAUGUAUGACACUUACCGAAUGUUAUUAAAAUUUAUCGGCUAUUGGAUGACAUAUUUUUUCCAGUUCACUUGAAAUUACUUUGAAAUAUUCUUCAACUUGUUGUAAACUUUCCAUUACCUCAGGAUUUUCUGAAUAUACAUCUUUGACUUUUUUUAUAACUCCUUGUAAUGCUAAUUUAGCACUACCUAGUAAUGCUCUUUUGGAUCUCAUAUGAUCCGUACAAUAAGACGAACAAUGUAAAUACGUCUUCGAUAAUUUACAGCACAAUUGUAGAACAGAUAAAGUAGUAUUUUCUUUUUGAAACCAUUUGGGUUCUGAUACAGCAGCACGAUAUGCUUUCUGUAAAUAUUGCAUAGCUUUCUGAUCAUCAACAUCUGUUCUUUUAAGCAUUGUUAAUUCAGAAUAUAAUCUCCAAAGAUCUGAAUUAUUAGUUAUACGAGAUGUAAUUCUGCCAAAUAAUUGAAGUGUCGGUAGAAGUAAUAAGUUUUUACAUGAUUUGCCAUUAACAUCUUUAAUGUCGUUUGCAAUAGCAUUCGUUAAUAUUUCCAAAAUCUGAAUAUCUGAAUGCUCAUUUUUUAAGUCUAAAAUGCGAUUGUAGCAUCUUAUUACCUGUAAUAAAUAAAUGCUUAAUAUGAAACAUUUUAUAUUAUAAUUAGUUACAAUAGAAAGAAGAAUAGAAAAUUCAUUCUUUAAUAUUA